AUGAACCACAUCCUCAUCACGGAGCAGCGACUCAACAUCCCCGACAUGUACAACAAGGUCCGCGAUCCGUCCUGUGGCGCCAUCUCUUCCUUUGUCGGCACAACCAGGGACCUCUUCAAUGACAAGCCCGUCGUGAAGCUCGAGUACGAAGCCUAUAUCGGGAUGGCGGAAAAGGCCCUGGGGGACAUUUGCAAGCAACUCCGGUCCCAAUGGCCCCUGCAUCACAUUCUCAUGGCUCAUCGCCUGGGCUCUGUGCCUGUGGGCGAAGAAAGCGUGGCCAUUUUUGUGUCUUCUGUGCAUCGCGCCGAGAGUUUGGCUGCUGUGUCUGCAGCCAUUGAUGCCCUGAAAGCCUCUGUGCCGAUUUGGAAGAAGGAGCUGUACUCUGACGGCUCGAGUAAUUGGAAGGUCAAUGCGGAAUGUGCGUGGAAGUGA